UCCUUUCGAUCUCCAAAUACCGUGUGUACAUUUUUUGACAAAUGUCUACAUACGUCAACUCGCAAAAAUAUUAAAUAUAAAUAAUAUCAUAUUAAAAUGGACAUAAGCGCAUUCUCAAAUGACAACUUCGAUACUAAAGCAUGGAUAAACGAGAUUUUAAAAAACGAUGAUAACACUAAAGAAAAUAACUAUACCAUGUCUUUGGUCAUGAAACUACAAUUAUAUGUCCAACAAGUUAAUAAUGCCUUGGAGUGCACCACACAAGAAAUACAGGCUUCAUUACCAAGAAUUUUAAGAGAUACUCAAGAUCUACAGGCAGAAGCUAUGUUAUUAAAAGAUAAGAUGACCCUAGUUAAAGAUGAAAUCAUUAAAAUUGAGCAGGACACUGGAAACUCAAUAAACACAAUAAAAACUUUGGAUACAUUAAAAAAUCAAUUAUAUCUGGCAAAACAAGGUUUACAUGAAAGUGAUAAUUGGACAGUAUUAGUAAAUGACUUGGAAGAAGUAUUUGAUUCCAAGAACAUAGAAGGCAUAUCUAGCAAAAUUAUGGGCAUGCAAAAUUCUUUGAAGUUAUUGGUUAAUGUUGGUGACUAUGAAGAUCGUAAACUUCAGUUAGAAGGUUUGAAAAACAGAUUAGAGGCUAUUGCCAGUCCUGCCAUUGUUCAGGCCUUCACAGCUGGCAAUACAGAGCAAUCACAAAUGUUUGUAAGAAUUUUCACAUCAAUGGGUAGAUUACCCCAAUUAAAAAAGUAUUAUCAUAAAUGCCAGAAAGAUAUUUUAUUGAAGAAGUGGAGGGAUCAACUGGAGAUAGAGCAAGAGGAGUCAGUUGUCCAAUGGAUGCACAAUUAUUACAAUUUUUUGCUUUCUAACUGGCACACUCAGUGCAAAUGGUUUAACCAAGUAUUCAUCAAUGAAUUAGCUGUAGAUAUAUUUAUAGAUAUUUACAUUGAUGUACUUUCAUCUUUGGAUCCUUCAAUAAAUGAAUGCACAGAUGCUGGAUUAAAACAAGUAGCUGAUAAGUUAGCACUUUUGCAUGAACUAAAGGAGACUGUGAAACAGUUUGCAAAUAAUCUGAUUAAAUUGAUAGAUUUAGGUAAAGUAGACAAGGAUAAGAUUUUGCAGCUGAUGCAAGCUGUUUACAAUCCAAUGGUGAAAUAUGUGGGUAAAUUCGCUGCCUACCAACAAGCCAAUUUGAUGAACCAACUUUCCACUCUUAACUGCAUGAAGGAAGAACUUCCUGAUACCAUUCAAGCUCUUGGUCUCAGUAUACCACAUGUCAUAGAUAUUUGCAGAGAUGCAAAGAAACAAUGUAUUGAAAUUACCGAAAACUGCGGAUAUUGCGGACUAUUAAUCGCUCUUAGGGCUUUUUUGAUGGGUUACGCCGAUUUGUAUAGAGUGGCACUCAGACAAAUAGACAGGUCAAAAAAGCAGGACGAGGACUGGUCCACUUUUCAAAUGUGUUUGUCUCUGCUACAGUAUACUGGAGAUGUUUUAGUUAAUCUGCAGCAUCUUGAAAAAGAUUUAACCGGCGCUAUUCUGGAAAUCAACCAGAAAGACCAUUUGAUAGAUUUUAAAUUCUUGUUAUUGGAUUCAUCUGAUUUAAAGGAGUUUGAGUCAUUGGUUAAAUGUGUGACUGAGGGCACAAAACUGUCGCUUUUAGACCAUGUAACGAGCGAGUUUGGGCGGCUAUGCUCUGAUAUACAUCAUACUACUUAUCAGGUAGUUUUUGCACCAAUUUCUGUACAUUUAGAUGUGGUCCAGUCUCCUAAAACAUGGGCUCAGUUUACAAAUUCCUCAUUACAUAAUUCGGAUCUUCCUGAUUACAGUUUUACCCCACAGGAGUAUAUCACACAGAUUGGACAGUAUUUAAUGACGUUACCGCAACAUUUAGAGCCAUUUUUAUUUAGGGAAAAUCCUUCUUUGUCAUGUGCUUUAAAAGCAGUGGAUCAAGAAUAUAAUAAUGCUGGAGACAUUGAAGGAGCACUAGCUGAUAUAUUUUUAAAAGUAGUAGCUAGAGGAACGUGUCAAGGAUUCUGCGACAGAAUCCUAUCAAUAUGUGAACUAAGCCAGCCAUCCAGUAGGCAACUGGCACAUGACAUUGGUUAUCUUAACAACGUUCUAAAGGAUUUAGGACUAACGGUGUCGGAAAACUUGCAACAAUUGGCACUACUUCUUAAGCUGCCUUCGGAUCAGUACCAGGCUCAAAGCUCUGGAUGUUCAGCCCGAUAUGUCGCAGCAGUUCGUCAGAUGCGGAAUAUAACUUCCAAUUAAUGUGAUAUAUUAGUUUUUAAACAGUUUUAUUGUACAAAUAAAAAAUAUAUUUAUUAGAA